UAUUCAUUCAUCUGUUUAUCUCCAGUAACUUCUGUAUCCUUGUCAGGCUCAUGGUGGAUCUCAGGAAUGCUGGAUGUGAAGCAGAAAUUCCAAUCCAUUACAUGGUGUUCCAUUCAACAGCAUAUGUUUAAAAAGUAGAAGGAAGCCAGAUUACCCAGAGGAAUCAUAGAGAGAUACUACAGCUUAGAACAUGCAGCUUUCAGUGUACAAUGUAUGUCCAAUGCAAAGGAUUCUGAAUAAUAGCUGGUCUAGAUAUCAUAGAUGCAUACAUAAAGGCCUUGUGAAAAGCAUAAUUACUAUGUGUUUCUUUUUGAAAAAAAGUUUAACAUGCUUAGUCUCAUCUACAUUUCUUCACAUGCCUUGACUCACUACCCCGGAGACAUGCCAUACGUUGAAAAAGGGUUGUUUUUUUUUGCAAAUCCCGUCACCUGUACAGUAUGGCCUCUUGUGAAAUUGUUUUUCUUCUUGUGUGUGUGCGCUUAGUUAUGACCUGUCUGGCUAAGAAUGUGUGAAAUGCUUAAUAAGGGUGUGUUGCAGCACAGCACUCACCUGUGUGACCAGUUUAAUUUAUUCAAAUCUGCUUCUGCAUUUCUCUGUGACAUGGGAGUUAGAAGUUAAACACAAGCAAUGUCUGUGACGUCAUCAUUCCUUUAUAACCAACUUUAUUUUUAUAUAUAUGGUAUAUGAAAAAUAACUCCAUGCAUUUGAUUUUCAGUGAAACAAUCUUCCUCAUUAAACAUUUUUUGUAUUAUUCCAUAUGUUACCAACUGCUCCAAGCGCAAUGAUUUGGACAAUGUAUGGUUAGGUAUUGUCCUAUCUUUAGAUUUUUUGAUAAGAAUAUUAUUAGUUAAUCACCAUAUUGAAAUGUUGUCUGAUUACAUGCUCGUCUUAGAAAAAUUACCAGUUAUGCAGCCAGGGUGAUGUAAGAUUAUAAUUAGAGCUAUAGCAGUGGUGUGCAAUUAAACUAAUCUGAAUUGCAGGGUUGGGAGUUUUAUGUGAUGAAUAUUUUUACCACUAUCAAAGUUUGUGCAUACAACUCAAACAGAUACUGAUUCUUUUCAAUGCAAAGUCAACUAAUUGUUUCAUUUGGACUGCUUCUAGUGCCAGGUGUCAGUUCAAACGUAUUCUAUCUGAGAACACCAUUCAGAGUGACAGAUAAAUGGAGAGACAGAUGUAAAGAGCAGAAUUUAUAUAGGGGUGUGAAAUUGAAUAUCUUGUUUCGAGUUGCUAAGAAAGGUUAGUGCCAUUGCACAGGUCUUUAUUUAGUGAUGUGGCUCAUGGGCAAUUCGGGUUCGCCAGCUAUAUUGAGACAGUAGAAUUUCUUUAGUCCUUCUUACUACCAGUUGCAUCACUUCAAGUAACUACCAUGUACCUACCAUGAUUAUUUUAAAAAAGUGAAUUUACAGCUCUUUUAUUCUUGGAGGUGCAACAGUUUGCAGUAUUUCACAUUUGAUACAUCAAACUUGGAGAAAUACAAUCAGGGAAAAAAAAGAUUUGACUUUUGCUCUAAUCCAUUUCAUCGCUAUGUUCUCUGGUGUAAUUGUUGAAGGCUUACAUUUUAUUUAUUCAUUUGCAUAUUUGUUUAAAGGUAAUCUAAUCUCUUAACUGACAGAGUGAGAUCUGGAACCCUUAUCCCAUGCUCAUUUGUAUGCUUUUUUUUUUCUUCAGAAAAGACUGUAGUAAAUGUCUCCAGGGGAAAAGUCACAUGAUAUAAAGUGUGUAAACUUGGCUAACUGAGAGUGGGUGUGAAUGACUAGUGUCUCUUUCUAAUAUAGUAUGCCUACAGGGAGCCUCCCUUGUCUUAGUCUCAUUCCUCAUUGGCUAGCACACUCCCUGGUAGUGUAAGAAAAUCUGAUACGCCAGGGAGUGUUUAUACUGCUCGGUUAUACAAGUGUGUGGCCGGCUACAUGUAGUCCUUGUCCUGCAUGCAUUCAGGCAAGACUGAGAUUUACCUCUAGGUUUUAGUUGAACCUUUAGGUUUUAGUUAAACCUUUUUUGUGUUUUCUUUCUUUCUAUCCUUGGUCAAAUAAUCACUUAACUUUUUUUUUAUUUUACUUUACUAAUUAAAUGUGACCGCAACUGCUAAUAGACUGUGUGUGGAACAUUUGGCUAAUAGUGUUCCAUUCUUUCUCUGUAAGAGAGGUAGGAGGGGCUGAGUGGUGUGGAGUGCUUGCUCACUCUGUUGCACACACCCCCUCGCUCUGUCACUGCUGGUCUGCCAGUCCAGUUCCUUUCACUUCCAAGGAAGGCAGUGCAAAGGAGGGAUAGGAUUUUUCUUUGCGUUUUUGGAGGGUUUUUUUAUUCUCUGAGAUGACUGACUUGCUCUCCAAGGAACCGAGAGUCAAACAAGAGAGAGAGAACACCAACAUCCAGUAGGAAUUUUUUCCUAAGCUUUCGUUUUUCUUACAUUUGAAAGCACGUGGCAGCCGGCUCUGCUACUGGACCUUUCUACAGAGAGCAGAGUGAGUCAUUCAGUAAUUUGUCCUUUCUUGGUUAUUGGUUGACAUAUAUUUUCAUUUGAGCGCUUCGAGGCAGAUUAAAGAAGCACAAUGGUUGCUGGAAUGUUGAUGCCUCUUGACAACCUGAGGGCCAUUUAUGAAAGGCUAUUCCGUGAUGGUGUAAUGGUGGCCAAAAAAGACAAGCGCCCUCAGACCAAGCACCCUGAGAUACCAGGGGUGGGGAACCUACAGGUUAUUAGAGCAAUGGGCUCCUUAAAAUCCCGAGGGUAUGUAAGGGAGACUUUUGCCUGGAGGCAUUCUUAUUGGUAUCUUACUAAUGAAGGUAUUGUUUACCUGCGUGACUACCUGCAUCUGCCACCUGAGAUUGUGCCAACUCCACUACAGAGAGUGCGGCGGCCAGCUGCUACCUUGUCCAUUGCUCAGAGGGCUGCACGGGUGCAGGCUGUAGAGGGUCCAACUUCAUAUGUUCCCAAACCAGGAAGGGUAGGUGCAGAGAGCCAGGAGGCUCUGUUGGAAAGGCAGGGGUACCGUCACAAGAGGAUGCAAACUGAAGAAGAGGCAAUGCCCAAUAAAACAUCAAGGUUUCGAGGACGUCCGAUUACUUUUGACUACAACAAAUCCAAGGCAUUGGGAGAAUCCAGGGACCAAGUCCAGUCCAUGUAUCAAGCUGGUCCAGACCACAGUGUUAAGAAGAAGAUUUCAACCACAGUUUUCCAGCAGCCACCUGCUAAAGCCAUCGAUGCAACAUCUUUGGUACAGAAGAUGCCUGAAAGCUACAAGGAAAUCAAUGAGGAAGCUCUGACUAAAAAUACGCCAGUGACCAUGGUAAACAUUGAGCUGCCAGCCCAAAAUGCUGCUAUUGAUGAAACAUGUGUGGCUGCAGCUUCCAUGCCCACUAGCAAAGCAGGUAAACCCAAAGAAGAGAUAUGUGAUAAAGCCCCCCCGGAACUCAUCUUUAUGAAGACAGCCAAAAAUACCUUUAUGCCACCUAACUCUAAAGAGCAAGUGGAACCAACACCGAAACUGACCAAAAAUAAGAAUGCUCAGGAGCAUGUAGUGAAGGAUAAAAUUCCUAAAAAUACAGAAACAUGCAUCUACACAACUCCUCAGCUAGUGGAACUGAAGCCAACAACUAAAGCCCCAGAGAAGCCAUCAUUAACGAGCCAACCAAGGAUGCCCAUGUGCCCCCUUCCUCUAAAGUACAAGUGAAAAAAUCACUAAAAGU